UCAGACUGACCACAACACCAAGCAGCGAGAGGAGGAUGGAAAGACUGUGUGCAAAUGUGUGCAAUAUUUUCAGAGGAAUAUUUGAAUCCAUUGAGAGUGGCCCUUCUGGAGCAGAGGAACUAGCCUUUAAAUUUGCCUUGAACACAAUCAACAGGAACCGCACCUUGCUCCCCAACACCACACUUACCUAUGACAUCCAGAGAAUAAACAUCUUCGACAGCUUUGAGGCUUCCAGGAAAGCAUGUGAUCAGCUUUCCCUCGGGGUGGCGGCCAUUUUUGGCCCCUCACACAGCUCGUCAGCCAACGCGGUCCAAUCCAUCUGCAAUGCUUUGGGAGUGCCCCACGUCCAGACCAAGUGGAAGCAUCAAGUGUCAGACAACAGGGACUCGUACUAUGUCAGCCUGUACCCCGACUUCUCCUCCCUCAGUAGAGCCAUUCUCGACCUGGUGCACUUUUUCAAGUGGAGAACAGUCACUGUGGUGUAUGACGACAGCACAGGUCUCAUUCGACUGCAAGAGCUGAUCAAGGCGCCGUCACGAUACAACAUUCGUUUGAAGAUCCGACAGCUGCCCACAGAGACCAAGGAUGCCAAGCCACUUCUGAAGGAGAUGAAGAAAGCAAAGGAGUUCCAUGUCAUCUUUGAUUGUGGGCAUGAGAUGGCUGCAUGGAUCCUAAAACAGGCCCUGGCCAUGGGUAUGAUGACAGAAUACUAUCAUUAUAUUUUUACUACCCUGGACCUUUUUGCCCUCGACAUGGAACCUUAUCGUUUUAGUGGAGUCAACAUGACCGGGUUCCGCAUCCUCAACACAGAAAACUCUCAGGUGUCGUCAAUCAUCGAGAAGUGGUCAAUGGAGCGGCUACAAGCCCCGCCCAAACCAGACUCAGGCCUGCUGGAUGGAUUCAUGACAACGGAUGCAGCGCUGAUGUACGAUGCCGUGCAUGUGGUGGCGGUGGCGGUGCAGCAAUCGCAGCAGAUCACAGUCAGCUCUCUGCAGUGUAAUCGCCACAAGCCAUGGCGCUUCGGGGGGCGUUUCAUCAGCCUCAUCAAAGAGGCUCACUGGGACGGUUUGACAGGACGUGUUCUCUUUAACAAGACCAAUGGACUAAGGACAGAUUUCGACCUGGAUGUCAUCAGUCUGAAGGAGGAUGGGCUGGAAAAGAUUGGAACAUGGGAUCCUCCCAGCGGUCUGAAUAUGACAGAGUUUCACAAAAGCAAGACAUCCAACAUCACAGACUCUCUGGCUAACAAAUCCCUGCGUGUAUCCACCAUACUGGAGGAGCCAUAUGUGAUGUUUAAGAAGUCAGACAAGCCUCUGUAUGGGAACGACCGUUUCGAGGGCUUCUGUAUCGACCUGCUGAGGGAGCUCUCUGGCAUCCUUGGCUUCCGCUAUGAGGUGCGAUUAGUGGAAGAUGGGAAGUACGGAGCGCUGGAUGAGAGCACGGGGCAAUGGAACGGCAUGGUGCGGGAGCUAAUGGACCAUAAAGCAGACUUGGCAGUGGCUCCUCUGGCCAUCACCUACGUCAGAGAGAAGGUCAUCGACUUCUCGAAGCCCUACAUGACGCUGGGGAUAAGUAUCCUGUACCGCAAGCCCAACGGCACCAACCCCGGGGUCUUCUCCUUCCUCAACCCCCUCUCGCCCGAUAUCUGGAUGUAUAUUCUGCUGGCUUGCUUGGGUGUCAGUUGUGUGCUGUUUGUCAUAGCCAGGUUUAGCCCUUACGAGUGGUACAACCCGCAUCCAUGCAACCCAGACUCGGAUGUAGUGGAAAACAAUUUUACGCUGCUCAAUAGUUUCUGGUUUGGAGUUGGGGCUCUCAUGCAGCAAGGCUCAGAGCUCAUGCCCAAGGCCCUGUCAACUCGAAUAGUGGGAGGCAUCUGGUGGUUCUUCACCCUCAUCAUCAUUUCCUCAUAUACGGCCAACUUGGCUGCCUUCCUCACUGUGGAGAGGAUGGAGUCGCCCAUAGACUCGGCCGAUGACCUGGCCAAGCAAACUAAAAUCCUGUACGGGGUGGUGGAGGACGGCGCCACCAUGACCUUCUUCAAGAAAACUAAAAUCUCCACCUACGACAAGAUGUGGGAGUUCAUGAACAGCAGGAGGCAAUCUGUGAUGGUCAAGAACGUGGAUGAGGGCAUCCAGCGCGCCUUGACCUCAGACUAUGCCUUCCUCAUGGAGUCCACUACCAUUGAGUUUGUCACCCAGCGCAACUGCAACCUCACACAGAUCGGAGGCCUCAUAGACUCCAAAGCCUACGGAGUGGGAACACCUAUGGGCUCUCCGUACAGAGACAAGAUCACGAUAGCCAUUCUGCAGCUGCAGGAGGAAGGGAAGCUGCACAUGAUGAAGGAAAAGUGGUGGAGAGGGAACGGCUGUCCCGAGGAGGAGAGCAAAGAGGCCAGCGCUCUGGGGGUGCAGAACAUCGGCGGGAUCUUCAUCGUGCUGGCUGCAGGACUGGUGCUGUCAGUGUUUGUGGCUGUAGGGGAGGUGCUUUACAAGUCUAAGCAGAAUGCCCAGCUGGAAAAGCGAUCAUUUUGCAGUGCCAUGAUGGAUGAGCUUCGUGUGUCUCUGAAAUGCAAACGCCGCCUCAAACAGAAGCCUCAGCCGCCCGUCAUCGUUAAGACAGAGGAGGUCAUUAACAUGCACACGUUCAACGACAGGAGACUCCCAGGAAAGGAAACCAUGGCAUGA